AUGCGUUUGGAUGUCCCCAUCAUUGGAUGCCCGCAAAUGAAAGUCUGUCGUGUGUGGAUUGAUCACUGUACCACUUGCAUACGAAAUGAAAUAAAAGCCUUUUUAACCAAAGCUUAUCUACUGCAAACCGAUAUGAUAUUCUGGAGUGAUAUCAUGGCAAAACCCUCUCUUUAUAACAGCAUUGAGAAUAAUGUUCUGGAUCCUACACACAAGGAGAAUCUUGGAAUCAUUGUUCAAUAUCGAGUUCGUGUUCGCCUUGUCUUGGGCUUUGGAGCUAGUGACGUGUCAGUGGAAUUACCCUUCACGUUGGCGCAUCCAAAACCACCUCCAGAGGAUGAUGAAGAUGCAAAUCCUGCAAAUGGCAAUGCGAUCAGUCCUUCAGCUGAUCCCAGCACCAGACGUCCUGGUACUGCUGCCGUUGCGACCCCCACAAUGACCACAACGUCAGCUGUUGUGAUAGAACAACCAUCACCCACAACUUCGCAGAUAGCGAUAGCGAGUGGAGGAGGUGAAAACGAGGGUAUCGCCUCUGCUUCAACUACAUCUGUUAUUGCGGAUAGUGAUUUUUCAAAUCUUGCGAAUCCCUUCACAGGGAAACAGCCAGCGGCUUUGCCAAAUGAUGACUUAAUCUUUGAGGAUUUUGCGCGUCUUCGACUUCGUGGACAGGAAUCCAGUGCAGGAACAGGCUCGACAGCAACCGUAGAGACGUCUUCUUCUUCUUUGAACAUUGCCCCCUCUGAUACAUCCAAAAAUCCAUUCCCUACCUCUUCCAGUACAAAUAUUACUCCCACUUCCUCUCAAUAA